CGUCGUAGGGGCCAUUUUAACAUGAGAGAAAUGCAGAGACGGUAGAAAAACCCUAGUCCCGAGCUGUGCCCGCGACUUGAUUCUUCGAUUUGGGAUCGAAGCAGGCGAUGUUGGAGGGCUUAUUUGUGGUUUUGUAGUUUCCGAUCAGCCAUGUCUCUUGGGAAGCUCGCCAUCGUCAUUGGAGCGGGUUUAGUUGGGACCGCUCUCUCAAAGGAAGGGCGCUUAUCUGAUGUAACGGACAUAUUUUCCGGUGCUCUGAAGAUCAUCACAAAGCACCUUCAUCAAGAUAAAGAUAACUCUCGGUCUACUGGAAAACCACAAACUGAUUCUCUGUUAGCUCAGGUUAAUAGUCUAAGACAGGAGCUGCAAGUUUUAGCCUCAUCAAGAUCAGUUACAAUUGUAACUGGUACAAGUGCAGGUUCUGGUACUUAUGGUGUAACAGCUGUAAUUGUUAUUGGAGUUGUCGGGUAUGGGUAUAUAUGGUGGAAGGGCUGGAAGUUUUCUGAUAUGAUGUUUGUGACACGACGUGGUUUAUCUGAUGCUUGUACUGCAGUAGGCAAAAAACUCGAGCUAGUUUCAUCAUCUAUUGCUGAUGCCCGGCGACAUUUAUCUUCAAGGAUUGAUCGUGUAGAUAUUAACCUAGAUGAGUGUAGGGAUCUUACUAAUGCCACCAGAGGCGAGGUUUCAAGACUAAACGGAGAUCUAAGUGGGAUCCAUCAGGAUGUUGAAUCUGUUCAUCACUUCAUCCAGACUCUGGGGACCAAGAUUAGUCGAAUAGAAGAAAGUCAGGACAUUACAACACGGGGACUGUAUAGCCUGUGCAUGUUCGUUGAUAGCUUGGAGAAUAGGAGGGAUGCAGAACCUACUCAGGUCUUGCCAUCCAGUUCUAGGCAUGCUAUUGAACCUCCGCAAACUACCCCUGUCACAAGGAAUAUCUCCCUCCCACCUGCGACACUAGAUUCUCCAUCAGCAUUAGCAUCAGCAUCACCAUCACCAUCAGCUGCUGUUGAGACUCCCAAGGUUCUGCGAUCAUCAACAGCUGUUUCAGCUUCAGGCCUAAAGGAGUUGCAGGGGUUCUCAAGUACAGUUAGAAUAGGAAUACCGAAAUCAAAUUCGAUAAAGAUGGGUAUUUCUGAGGCUUCCAGUGGAACUCCAUCUGUGGGGGAACCAAGCAGUAGUGCAUCAAGUUCCAGCAGGUCUGGAUGGAAGCUGCCCUCCUUCAGUGUUCUUACAAGAACCCGCAGCUCUGCUAGUUAAUCUCUUCAUUUCGUUUUGGCCUUCUAUAUGAUUCCCAACCACCUUCAGGGUUGCAACAUUGAGCCAUCAAUUUUCUGCUAUUCAAAGCCACAUAAGCUUUCAAAAGGGGACGAGCAUUGAAAUUUUGCAGGCACAUAGAUUUUUUUUUCAACAAAGUCGAUAAUCCUAUAUAAUCUCUUAUUAUACUUGAAGUGAAUUAUAAAGUAGGAAAAAGAAACAUGCUGUUUGGACGGUUUGUGAGCAGCUUCGUUCCUAUUGAAAGAUGACAUUAGACAUAAUUAUAUAUGUAAAAACUUUUUUCUUUCAGCAUUUUUUUUCUAUGAUAGCCAUUAGAUUUGAUGUGUUCCCAAAAGGACAUGUUUUAUUUAAUAGAUCUCUGUGCAAUAGGUGCUUGAGUUGCAA